CUCCUCCUCCUAAAUUUCACUCACUACUUAUACCACCCCUUCUUCUUUCGCCUUUCUUCAAAAACUCAUUCACUCUCCUCCCUCCUCCACACUCCAUAUCUAGCCAUGGAGCCCAGCGCCAAACUACACCCACACGACUUUGACUUUGAGUGGCCAUAUCACCAACAUCUUUUCCCCUUCGACCACGAAGCACUAGAGCUUCCUCCAUUAGAUGUGGAUGCAUCCUUCGACUUCAACUCGCUUUCCUUACCAUUCCAUUGGGACGAUAUUUCCGAGUUGGAGGCUGAAAUUUUGUGGUUGGACAAACACAUGAUACCAGUUACACCACUUAAUGAUGAGGACAUGUUGGCUGUUGAUGAGACGAAGGCGGAGAGAAUGGUGAAAUUAAAAGACAACGACGGAACGAGUAGGGAGUUGCAGGAGGAGACAAGGGUGAUUGAAACAGGGCUUUCAAGUUGUAAAGAAAACGAAGAAGAAGAAGAGUGUGAAAGGAGGAUGAGAUUAAUAAUGAGAAACGGGAGGAGAAAGAGUAAAGUGUUGGGAUUGGACGAGAUUCAAAAGCACUUUGAUAUCCCAAUAACAGAGGCCGCAAAAGCGAUGAAUGUGGGUUUGACAGUGCUUAAAAGGAGGUGCAGAGAACUUCAUAUAAUGAGAUGGCCUCAUAGAAAGCUCAAGAGCUUGAACUCUCUCAUUACAAAUGUCCAGGAGAUGGGGUUGACAAAUGAGAUAAAAGGGUUGGAGGAGCACAAGAGGCUUGUGGAGGAACUCCCAGAUACGGACCUCACUCACAGAACCAGAAGGCUCAGGCAAGCCUGUUUCAAAGCCAAUUACAAGAAGAAGCGAAGGUCCAAUGUUGCCGCUCUUCGCUGAAGACUGUAAUUUGUUGUA